AUGGGAAAAUUAAUAGAGAUACAUGAUGACAAUUUAGAAAAAGUUGAAAUUAGUUCUAGACAAGAAGUAAAAUGGUAUCAUAAUGGGACAUUACUAAAAGAAAAUGAAAUUUAUGUAGAUACAAUUAAAAUUACUUCACUAAUAAUUAAUCAUUGUGAUAAUUUUAUAAAUGUUGAAAAUAAUAACAAUUUGCAAACUAUCAUUUUCAAAUAUAAUGAUAAAGAAACUAUAUUAAAUAAUAUUCAUUUUUUUACUUUUAGAAAUAAUAAUAUAAAUCUUUGUGAUUACAAAGGGCAUGAAAUAGAUUUUAGUGAAUAUCCUUUUAAUUAUAUUAAUUUACAAAAUUGUCAAUUUAAUUUUUUAAAAUUAAAAUGUAACUCAAUUAAUUUAACUUGUGUUGAAUGUAAUAAUUUAAUUGUUGAUGGAACUUGUCAUAGUAUGAAUUUUUAUGGUUGUAAAAUAGAAACAGUAACCUGUGAUGUUAUUAGGUACUUAACGUAUAAAAAUUCACAAAUUACUGAGGUAAAUGCAAAUGAAAUAAUACUUAGUUUUGGACCAAAAACAAAAGUGAAAAAAUGGAAUAUUAAAAAUAUGAAAAGUAGUGAAGAACCUACUAAAUGUUGA